GGAAAAAUAUUUAUUACAGCCAAAUGCAUGCGUAUAAUUUCCAGCGAUUGGAUUACGUCUAUGAUUGACCCCCAUGAACCCGGAAGUACUUUGAAGGUCUUUUGCAAUGGUUGAAUGGUCGGAGUUUCGAGAAGUGUGGUAGGACGGUAUCCGAUAAUGGGUGUUAAAUUAGAGGUGUUCAGAAUGAUGCUAUAUUUGUCCUUUCCUGUUGCUAUGUUCUGGGUGUCAAAUCAAGCAGAGUACUUCGAGGAAUACAUAGUAAAGAGAAAGAGGGAGAUCUUUCCACCUGACGAAGGAAAACAGAGGAAAGAGUUGGAGGAUUUUAAAGAGCGGAUGCGACUUCGUAGGGAGCAGAGAAUGUUGAAAGAGAUGUCUGUGGAAUCUGAGAACUGAGAAUUCUUCGUUGAAGAAACACGUCAUUAUUGGCACCACUUACUGUCUGGCAGUGGUGUUUUUUUGGGGGGGGGGGCAGAAGAAGACAUAAUGGAUUGGACUUGGAGAAAGAUGCAUUUGAAAUUAUAAACAAGUUAGUAUCUACCCAGAGGAGUGCUGGGUGUUUUCCUGAU